GGACGCAGGAACCGCCCCAGUGUGUCCCCUGGCCCCUUUUUAAACGGCACCAUGUUUUACGAUUUGAAUGUCCCCUACAGUCCAGAUGAUCCCGAGGCACCCCAUACCCUAAACUUCCUGGCUGAACUGGGUUACACCACUGUCGCCUUGUCCCAAACAAUCACAGGCAAGCUUCCUCCAAGCCUCACUCCACCGCCUCUCCCAUCGAAUGCGCCCAAGUCCCUCCAGUUGCUCACCCGUCUCAACCUUACUCUCUCCGAUCCCGCGCAAAACCAGCGGCUCAACACCUUGUCACAAGCCUAUGACAUCGUUGCUCUUCGCCCGACAAAUGAGAAAACUCUUCUCAAUGCUUGCACCAAUCUGGAGUGUGACGUGAUAUCACUCGAUCUUUCUGUGCGACUUCCAUUCCACUUUAAAUUCAAAAUGCUGUCGGCUGCUAUAUCACGUGGUAUUCGUUUGGAGAUCUGCUAUGGCCCGGGAGUCACAGGCAGUGGGCUGGAUGCGCGCCGGAAUUUGAUCGGCAAUGCAAUGUCAUUGAUCAGAGCUACCAGGGGAGGACGAGGCAUCAUCGUAUCAAGCGAGGCCAGGCGCGCACUGAGCUUGCGGGCUCCAUGGGAUGUGAUCAACUUGACCUGUGUCUGGGGAUUAUCACAAGAGCGCGGCAAGGAGGCAAUUUGUGAAGAAGCCCGAAAGGUCACAGCCUUGGCCAAGCUUAAGCGUACGAGCUGGCGCGGGAUCGUCGAUAUCGUCCAUGGCGGAGAGAAAGUAACGUCCGAGAAGACGACCUCGAAGCAGAAGGGCCAAAAGAAAGCAGCCACUUCCGCAGAGUCGGAAGUUAAUACUGAUACCUUGAAGAGAAAAGCCUCUCUCGGCUCCGAGGCCGCCGUGGAACCUGAGAAGCCUCUAUCAAAGCGGGAGAUGAAGCGAAGAGCGAAAAAAGCUAGAUUAGAACCACAAGGAGAAGAUGCGAGCUGAAGAGCCAUGGACUUCUCUAUUUCAUCCCUAUUGGUAUUUCCAAUAUCCCGCUAAUGUGGGAACCAUGGGCUGGGCGGUUUACUUCUGCAUUGAAGCAGAUCAGCCCCAACCGCUUCUUGCAUCAUCCCAAAGCGUCUGCAUUCUGCAGACCGGCCGAUGAUCCUAGCUCAGCUGGAUGGUUGGCACGAGGAAGCGGAAAUAUUUUGCCACCUUCAACUGCUACCCGAUAGUCAUGGCCUGACGAACUCAGCUGUCUUUGGUACAGCCCCAUGAGUCGACCUCGCCCUCUAAAUGACACCUAGGAGGAAUUCACGGCUUGACCUGAAUGACCAUGAGGUCUGUGAUGAGGGCUUUGUGCAGAAUACGCAACAAUGCUCCUCUACCAUUCCAGGUUUCUCUGGCAGGUAACAGUUCUUCGUCGCAGUGACGAAUUGAUUUGCUCGAUCUAGCAAUUUCAUGUUUCAUAGCAUCAAUACCCAAUCUUGAC